GUAAAUACAUGACACGUUGGCGUGCGCGCGAUCAGCCACAUACGUGUAGUGAUACGUCGCGACCGCGCGAGAUACGAAUUUAUGCUCACACGUAUACACAAGUACCUGUCCUCCCGUGCAUGGGUGUGUUGUGUGCGUGUGCGCAUGUGUGUGAAAGAGAGAGAGAAAGAACGUACGCCCGUGGCACGGCGAUUUGCUGUACGGCGCGACGAAGAAAGCGAAGAACGAGGCCGAUCGCGCGCGGCAGCGAGAAGAUGCAACGGCCGCGGCACGCACGCGGCGAGCCCGGCUCGAGAGACUAUGGCCGACCACCUCGCGUUCGCUUUAAUCGUUCUCCCAUUUGGGCUGACGAGUCGCGCGCCGACGGAUGCCACGCAGCGCAACUGGGAGAUCCUUGUCAACGAGGAGAGUCGGCAGGACCGUAUCAUUCGUCCCCAUUAGCGAAUCCCUGGAUUUCUCUUUUUCAGUGGCAUUUUUCUCAUUUUGCAGACACACAGACGAUUCGUUUUUCGUCGUUUCAACAAGUCGAUUUUUUGUUGCGAAAGAGGCAGACGGAAAAUGACAUUUGCGAUGGUGCAAAUGAUCGAUUAUCAUUCGAGUUAUUUAACAGAAAAAUGAUCUACAUUGUGCGACAAAGAUGGUGCCGGUCGAAUUUCAUACGACACUGCCCCGCAGUGAACGGAGUGCAUGCAAAACGCGCGGUAUGUCCUAUGCAAUUCCGUAAUGAGAUUAUCGAUUUUUUUAAGAAUUGCCAUCUCUCUCUCUCUCCCUCCCUCUCUCUCGCUCGCUCGCUCUCUUGCGCGCGCGUCCGUCCAUCCUUCGUCUCUUCGUCUGUUUCCAUAGCUCGAUAUGUCUCUGUCCUGCUCGAAACUCCGCAGCCUCGCCGUAUAUAUACAUCGCGCACGCGUGCCGUGUCUCGCAUAAUUGAAUACGCUAUACUCCCGUGCGCGAUAUCAUACGGCCGGUGGUCGUGUACGCGAAGCUAACCAGCAAAUUCUCGGUAAUAUCUACAUACCCGGUGAUUGUAUUGAUUUUCCCUCGACAGUAUGUAAAUUAGCGUGCCGCGAUGUAAGUGCGCGUGUGAGCGAAAUUCUGCGCAGUUUAUGCUCUCAAGUGGGUAGUCCGCGAUACAAAUUGUAUCUACAUGCAAAUAAAAAUCUUGGUUGACCAUCACAGACUUGACUUCUCGCUAAUAUAAUCCCCUAAAUUACUUUGUAAGAUAAUACACGUGGAAUAAACUGCGGUUUGAAAUUACACAAAAUUAAAAUAGCUCUU